AUGGAAUCAGCCGGGGGUAAACCCCUUAAACCCUCCUCAAACAUAUCUGAUAUAGUCUCCAAGUUUGCCAAAGUUUGCAAAUUGAGAUCCAUUGGAGUGCACCAACCUCACAACAGCAGUAAUGCUCCUUCGGGCGAAGAUAGCAGCGAUGUGACUGAGGACACCGAGUGUGGUGGGGUGAAGAUCCAUCCCCAACCUGUUGAAGUUAAAGGAGAAAGCAAAAUCUGUGGAGGUGAGGAGUUAUCCAAGUUGUUUGACAUUGUUUCGACACUGAAGUUGGCUUAUGUUCAGCUCCAGGAAGCUCACUUACCCUACAACCCAAAAAAGAUUAUAGCUGCAGAUGAGCGUUUUAUGGCUGAGCUUGAAGCAAUAUGUAAGAUGAAGCGCGUGUACAAGGAGAAGCAAUUUGUGAAGUUGAAGUCAGAAUCUUCUCGUUCUGUUAUUCUCAAGAAGAAAAUUGAAUUGAAUGAGAAGCUGCUGGAGGAGUUUAAGUUACAAAUGGAAGUCAACAAUUCUGAGAUAAUCUGCCUGCAUAAAGAGCUCAGAGAUUUGAAUUUGGUGAAUGCGACACUGGCUGAGAAGGUAAGGCAGAUGAGUUUGCAAAGGAAGACCACAAGGGUUUGGACCAUCACAAGAUUUCAGGAUACUUACAGAGCUGCGUCGAAAUCAAUUCAUGACUUCGCAAAGCCUUUAAUCAGUUUGAUGAAAGCUACAGGCUGGGACUUGGACCUUGCAGCAAAAGCAAUAGAAGCAGAAGCUGCUUACUUGAAAAGGUCCCACAAGAAGUAUGCAUUUGAAGCUUACAUUUCAAGGAGAAUGUUUUCUGGGAUAUCAUUGAAAUCUUAUAAUGUGGAUGGUAUUAUGAGAUAUGAUGAUCCCAUCGAUGUGUUGAUUGAGAAUCCAGAUUCAGAUUUUGCCCGAUAUUGUGGAGAAAAGUAUCUCCAAGUUGUUCAUCCAAUGAUGGAAACACGGUUUUUUGGGAAUCUAGAUCACAGGACGCUUGUAUUGAGCGGCAAGCAUCCAAGAACAUCAUUCUACCAAAUAUUUGCAAGAAUGGCAAGGUGGAUUUGGGUUUUGCACAGAAUUGCACCUUUGAUAGAUUCUGAAGCAAAAAUGUUUGCUGUCAAAAGAGGAAGCAAAUUCUCACAUGUUUAUAUGGAGUCGGUGGUGGAGGAUGGAGAAGAUGCAGCUGUCUCGGAUGGAAGAAAGGUUGAGUUUAUGGUCAUGCCAGGAUUUAAAAUUCUAGAGACAUUAGUGAAGUCUCGUGUGUAUGUUUCAAAAUGA